UGCGUGGUCUGCAGUAUAUUGUUGACAAAGAAGAGGACCGGAGAGAAACAACAACAGGGUGGGAACUGAAGCUCGGUCCCUGCUGUUAAUAACACUGACGCUGCUCGAACCCUUGCGCUGUUAACAAGCUCCUUGUCAUUGCCCUGAGGCGAUGAUUGAGGAUAGGUUCCAAUUCUACCCAAAGGCUGUUCACACAGCUUGAUCAUUUGUGGAGAGAGAGGGUUGGGGGGCCCAGGCAGACUGUGGACGGGGACGGGGAGGAGCUCAGCUGGAGCCAAUGCAGCAGCAGCAUCGACAGCCUGAGCUGGUGGAAGGAAGCCUUCCCGUGUUUGUGUUCCCCACUGAGCUCGUCUUCUAUGCAGAUGAGCAGACGUCUCACAAGCAGGUGCUCACCCUCUACAAUCCAUAUGAGUUCGCCCUCAAGUUUAAAGUGCUGUGCACAGCCCCAAACAAGUACACAGUGGUUGAUUCCACUGGAGCUGUUAAGCCACAGUGUUGUGUUGACAUAGUAAUCAGACACAGAGAUGUGCGGGCAUGUCAUUAUGGCGUGUACGACAAGUUCCGACUACAGGUGUCAGAGCAGAGUCAACGGAAAGCUCUGGGUCGCAAAGAGGUGACGGCCACCCUCCGUCCCUCAGCCUCACAGGAGCCGCCCAGCCCUCGACCCCAAGAUGAGGAACGUAGAAUCAAAGAGCAGUUUGCUGAAAGCGAGUUUUUUGAACAGACUGCAUUUCAGACAGAAAGCCGUCCUGUUGCUGGAGGCCCCAGUCUGCUGACAGUGCUGCUUGGCCUGGUGUGUAUGGCCGCCCUGAUGCUCCCCACCUUAGGAGAGCAAGAAUCUACUGUGCCUGUCUACCUCCACUUAAGUGUUAACAAGAAACUCGUAGCUGCUUAUGUUCUUGGUCUUCUUACAAUGGUCAUCUUGCGCACAUGAUGUGCUGUGUGCUAAAAGACGGAUGGAAAAUGGUUGAACGAGGAAGAGAACAUUCUCACACCAGAGGCUCCACUCUUUAAUGCCUACAGCUGACAGUAGUGGGAUUGGGUCCUUAUUCAACUCUCACCUUCUCUUGAAAACUACAUUUUAGUAUAUUUAAUUUCAAAUCCACGUAUUUGAGUUUAUCCAUAGUCACUACUGUCCUAUUGCAAACAGCAAAGACCUCUGGUGAAGGUCAAAGAAUGGUAGUGUGAGAGGAGCGGUCCCUGAGCAGGGCCUGUGAAGAAACAUGAGGCCACUUUAAGUGCAUUUUGGCCUUGUAUUCCCUGUGUCAGUAUUUUUGUUGCCAUUAUGUAACACCAUAUGGUUAACCUGAGUGUGAAGGAGUCAUGCAAACAUGCAACAUGUAUAUAAAGCCAUUAAACUUUUGUUAUGGUAUUUACCUGUAACCAUCAUUAUAGUGAUGUUUUAAAGCAUUUAGUGUAGACUUUCAGGACUAAAUGCAGUUAUUUGCAUGUUUUGAGACCUUAUUUGAAUACAUUUUUAUUUUUCCAGGAAUAAGAUCAUUUGACAUGUCACCAAAGGUUCAUUUUUUGAAGACGAUGCUUUGUUUGCCGUAUUAUGUCGAUGCUCCAACAAACAUUUAAUAAAGUCUCUGUUCAGCGGUCUCUUAAUGUUCA